CAUUGCUAUAAAAUGAAUGCUCAGUGAUAAUGAAGUUCAGUUUUCAAUAGUUGAUUUGAUUCAAAGCAAAAAAAAAUUAAAGAAAAAGAUGAGAGUGACAUUAGUUUUAUUAAGUGUGUUGGGCGUAAGCUUUGCGGCUUUAGAAAUUCCAGAUCACUUGCGAGCACCGACAAAAGUUUUGCGAAAAGCAUGUGUGGCUGAAACAGGAAUCGAUGAGAAACAUAUCGACGCAAGCAAAAAUGGGCAUCUAGAAAAUGUGCCCGAGAUGGGCUGUUUUCUCAACUGUCUUUUGGACCAUGCUGGUAUGAUAGAUGAAGAUGGAUCAGUUCAUUGGAGAGAUGUAUGGCACUUUUUGACACCAAGCAUGCAGGAAACAGUAAAAAUUGUCGUCGCCGAAUGUGAGACAAAACAUGGCGAAAACAAAUGCGAAACAGCCUUUCAAACCAUUGACUGUUAUUUCAAAACUCAACCAGAGGGUGCUGAACUUCCAUGAGUUAGAUCCGCCGAUGCAGAUUCAAAUUAUUAUUUUUUUCUUUAUGUUUUACACAUGAGCACCAUACAUCAAUAUUGAAAUUAGAGGUGCCCACUGAACCGAACUGAACAGUUUAUGUUCGAGAAAUAUUAUAUUUUCAUGUUCGUGUUCGUUCGGGUUCGGUUCAAGUUGAUCGCAAAAAAAAAUAUUGCAAUCAUAUUCGUUCACGUUCGGUUUACGUUCGGUUCACGUUCAUUUUAACUGUUCAAAACUGUAAACUUCAAAAGAUGGUUGUUGGCCCUUGGGAAAAUUUAAAAAAAUUCAAAGCCUUAAAACCUCAUUAGAUUUUUUUUCCCAAAAUAUCAAUAAAAGUGGCAACCAAAUGCAAACUUUAAACACUUCCAACAUAUUUCAAAAUAUCAUAAAAAUUUGAUACGAAAAAUGAGACACAUUGAAUUCAGAAACCUUUAAAUUCACUCAAAUUAUAAAACUAUUAACGACUAUUUAAUUUUAAAUUUUAAUUGAACAAAUUUUC